UUCACUGCUAGCGAAGCACCACGGAAUAUUUGAACUCACGUACACUAGGGGACUACUUCCUGUUAUCAACAUCCCGGCUGUUAAAGUUAGCCAAAGCACCACAGGCUUUGCUAUUCCAUAGUUAGCCGAAAAGUGGAAUAGACCUCCAGCAUCAGAAUGGACGGUGAAGAAAGGACCUAUGGUGGCUGUGAGGGACCAGAAGCAAUGUAUGUGAAGUUGAUUUCUUCAGAUGGCCACGAGUUCAUUGUGAAAAGAGAACAUGCACUGACAUCGGGUACUAUCAAGGCUAUGCUGAGUGGUCCAGGUCAGUUUGCUGAGAAUGAAACCAACGAAGUCAACUUCAGGGAGAUUCCCUCUCAUGUUCUCUCCAAGGUCUGCAUGUACUUCACCUACAAGGUCCGGUACACCAACAGUUCAACAGAAAUCCCCGAGUUCCCCAUCGCCCCCGAGAUUGCACUGGAACUGCUUAUGGCGGCUAACUUCCUAGAUUGCUAAAGUUACUGAAUCAAUGCAGUAGCCUAUAACACUUUUACAUGGUUAUGUCUAACUUGUUUUGCCAUAAAAUCAUGUGGAACUUUUUUUUGCAUCAGAAUACCAUUGUUUUCCGUAUUGAAGAAUUUAAUUUUAAUAUAAUGUUUGAAUAUGGCAGGCUGCGUUUAUUCUGAGAAUGUGACAAAUCCGUCUUCUACCCACCAUUUUCCCUCCCCCCGUCUUAGUAAAGAUCCCUUUGGACAGUGUCAAAUAUUUGUGUCCUCGUACUUGGAUGAUUUUUCAAACGUGCCACACGUGAGCGACUAAAAUCUGGCAUUUGAAUCGUGGACUCAAAUGUGUGAAAUUAACUUGUAUUGUCCAAGUUUGUCCAAAUUGUAUAUUAUAUUGAUUUAUGAUUUGAAAUUCGACAGCAUUAAGCAGAGCAAAGUAGUAGGCAACAUCCAUUUGGAAAUAAAAGUCCCACUCUUGAAAAAACACACCAGAAAAUUAUCAACAGUUAUAGGAACUAACAAAGUACAAAUACUUUAAUUUUCUAGUUAUCUAUACUUGAUUAUUUUUUAAUAAGUUUACUUCUUACAUUUGAAAAUGUAGGGUUGAGAGCUUGGGUUCUUAUGCCUAACCUUUUUUGAGCCAAGGCACAUAUUUUAUAUUUUCAAAAUAUCACAGCACACCAGCAAACAAAAGUGUCUCUGAUAAAUGGGUACACAGGACAAUUAUACACUUUCUGCCAUCAAAUAAAAGUAUUUGUUCUGUCUUCA